UUGAGCUUUGACAUAUAUUAACGAUCAACGUUUAAGUUUUUGAAGUGUGUUUUUUAUGCGUACGAUUAUUUUAGACAUAAACAAGUGUAAUGUACUGUCAUCGUUUGUGUUUUCAAAUUAAAUAAUAAUACAAAUUUGUGUGUACAAUUGACUAAUGUAUAGUACAACGGAUAAAUUUUACAAAAUUGAGAACAAAUGACUUUCAUCUUCAAGUUGUGUACGUUCUACUUAUGUUGUGUAAUUUUCGUACAAGGAUCAAGUUUUGAGUACUAUGGAUGUUACAUGAGUGUUAAAGAAAAUAUCUCGUAUGUAAAUAAAACAUUUAUGUCCAGUUCCAUAUGUAUAGAAUAUUGUAAAAUAGGUCACUAUAGCCUGGCUGCGUUAUCUAUCAAGAUAACUGGCGCACUUUUUCUGACAAAUGCUUAUGAGGCAUAUAUCAUUUGUAGUUGUAGUAAUGAAACUCUUAUGAAUAAAGUGAACGAAAGUUUAUGCAGUUUUCCAUGUCCAAAAAGUCCGGAUGAAAUAUGCGGUGGCUACAACCAAACAAUUUUCUCUGUUUAUGGUAUAGCUAUGGGUGGUUACAAGAACACAGGACAUAAUAAUCGCAAUACUAUUGGUAUAGUGGUAGGAGCAAUCUUUGCAGUUAUUUGUGUCAUGGUGGUAGCCGUUGUUAUUUUGAUUAUUUGCAGAAGAUAUCAAACAUGUUCUACAGCAUCUAACAUUAAAUGUAAGAGUUUGAUAUUAAACAAAAACAAUGAAAUGAAGUCACGUAACAUGAAAUCAGAUAAUAAAGGAAAGCUUAAUUAUUAUGUCGAUACUGAUCACAGUAAUAGUAAUAUAAGCGAAAGGGAACUUUAUGAGACUGUUGGAUAUCAGAACAAAAGUGAAACUAAUCAGUCGAUCAACAAAUGUACUGAUGAAUCAGAGAUGAAGAUUGAAACUGAUGACGAAGACGACGUCAAAUAUGAAACCGUGGAGGAAACCUUAAGGGAUAGACCUGCCAGAAAUACAAACAGGAACGAAAUUAACCAGCAAUAUAUAAAUAUUAUUGAAAACUCUAAUAAAGUCGAAAGAAAUUUAAAUCAGAAGUCAAAUGACAAUGUUGAGCUGUAUUACAACAUUGACGAACAAAACUCUCAAGAAUAUGAAAUCCCCAUGAGAACAGAAAGCGAACCACAUCUUUAUUCAAAGCUUAAUGCUUACUCUGAGAAAGAUGCCAUCAAAAGUGAUACACAAGUUCUUGAAAAGACAGAGAAAGAAUAUGAAUUUAUGAUGUCACAGUAAACAUUGAAAAGACUAGAAAUAAGCAUCAUGAUAUUGUUUUGCUUACAAUUAUUUGCCAAUGCAAUUCUUUUGAAUAUCUGAAUUGAACCAAAAACAAGUUCAUUCCCUCAAAAAUAUCAAUCAUAACGAUAGACAAAUCAUUUAGGAGUGUGUUAAAUAGCGGAUAGAAAAAGAGCUAUCCUAUUAUGUUAACAAGGAGUCAUAAACGGACAAAUCAAAAACCACUAGACAAACAUACAAGAAGAACAAGAAACGUGACAAAUGUAAAAAAAAAAAAACCCAAAAAACGGGACAAACAUACGGAAAGAACAAGAAACCGGACAAAUGUACAGAAAAGACGAAGGACGAAUUAAAAAUACUUGACUUGUGUGCAGAUAAAACGAACAACACAAAUAAUUCAUUAUGUUAAUUCAAAAGAAAUCAUGAUGUUACUUCUUUUGACAAAUUCGAGUUACGAAAAGGAAGCCAUUGUCCUUGUGUAUAACACUAACAUGAUUGAUUGGUGUAUAAUGAAUGUGUUACUGUAUUUAAAAUACGUGCUAGUUAUGGCGAAAAUGAGAGAAAAUGAUAAAAAAAAAUAUUUUGUGAUACUUUGCCUUGGAUGUAUUUUAUUUAAAAGAACCAAUUCAACUUCGUGGAGGAAUACAAUUUAAAAAUAAAAUAAAAUGACAACGACUGAAUCUCUUAAUAUGUUCCUGUCUUUAACCUCUGCAGCAUCACUACAUAAACACCACACACCAACGACAAUAUAUCUCGUCAGAAAUGUUCAUUUUCAGCGUAUGGUCUGGCAAUAACAUUCCUGCACGAAGUCAAAGAUGAGUGAUCAAAUGUCGUUAAAAUUAAAAUUGGGUCGAUAAAAUCUUAUCCGUAAUGACUACACGAUUGUGGUUAUACAAGAAAAAGUUAAAAUGCUCAAAUGGAAACUAUCAGGAAUUUAGGGCAUUUGUCUUUCUAUGUUUUAAGGUUACAAAACUAUUUCAAGUUAUGGUGAACGUUUAACCCCGCAUCAUUUGGUUGCAGCUCUUGUUCAGUGGUUGUCGUUUGUGGAUGUGGUUGAUAAGUGUUUCUCGUUUUUAUAUCAAUUAGACCGUAGGUUGUCCUUGUUGAAUUGUUUUUCACCAGCCAUUUUUGGGCCCUUUAUAAUAAUUAUAGCCUGAUGUUCGGGUUGAUGAUGGGAUCAGUGUUGAAAUCCGUUCUUUGACUAAUAAUCUACUUUUUACACAUUUUAUUUGGUCGAAGCAAUGUCUCAUUUGUACUCAUAUUCAAAUUAAGUGGAUGAAAGCAGUUAUAGGCAAUCGUACCACUUUUUAAAAUAAAGAAAAACCUCAACAUACCGUAUAAUCGAUUACAAAAGACCCCGACAUGCUAAUUCUAGGCAAUGCAACUGAGAAAACUUUCGGCCUGUUUUAUUACAAAACAAUUCGCGAAAAUUAAAUAUGACUGACAUGAACCGACGCCAACCACUGAACUACAGGCUCAUGAUUUAGGACAAGCCAUUAUACAAUUUGUCGUGGUUAAACAUUUUCAAUCCUCCUUUGCUUAAAGUUGACAUAGCACACAAUGAGAACAAACUAUAAAAAUCAUUUGGAAAAGGCUUAACUCAUCAGAUCAAUACAAAGCAGUAUCGGUUAACGACAUCACAGUAAAGAGACAGCAUUCCUGUGAUAAUUUAAAUCAUCUUCAUCAACAGUUAGAUUGCAAAGAUAAUAAUUCUGGUGCUUAAACAGAAACUACAAAUAAAUAUUUUCUCCCAUUUAUUUUUUGUAGCCCUGUCGUGUAAUGUUGUCAAUUUAAUGUAAUAAUUAACAUUGUCACCAUUUUUUCAUAAAAUGACCUGUACCAAGUCAGGAAAAUGGCCAUUGUUACGUUAUAGUUCGUUUCUGUGUGUGUUACUUUUUGGUGUUGUGUGUCUGUGUGUCAUAUCAUUAAGAAUUAAUAAUAAUCAUUGUAACAAAUUGCUUGUAAUUAUAU